AUGGGUCAGUUACCUGACGAUGCCCCAGCUCCAAGACUCUGUUACAUCACUAAAAACGCUCCAACUCAGGAGUAUGGCUACAACUUGCACGCAGAGAGAAAACGUGGACAGCUUGUAGGAGAAGUAGAUAAGGGUUCUCCUGCUGAUAUAGGAGGGCUUAAAAAAGGAGACAAAAUUUUCGCUGUAAAUGGACAUAGUAUAAUUGGGGAAAACCAUAAGCAAGUGGUACAACGAAUCAAAGAACAUCCAACUCACUGUGAAAUGCUUGUUUUGGAACUGGCGAAUUGCGAAUAUUAUAGUGAUCGUAAUAUACCAGUUACACUAGCAUUGCCGAAUAUCGUCCGAGUAGAGAAGAAGAGCGAAUCGAACGGCAGUGUAUCAAAAAGUUUUUCAUCCCAUCACAAGAAUCCAGAGCCUGUCUUCGUUGCUCCCCCUCCUCCACACGACAGUCACUUCGACAAUAUGAACAAGCCACGCGCUACUCUUUGCAAACUGGUCAAGACCUCUCCAACUUCUGAGUUUGGUUUUAACCUUCAUGCCGAGAAGGGGCGAGGCCACUUUAUUGGAGAGGUUGACCAAGGAGGGAUUGGUGAGAAAGCUGGUCUUCUUCAACAUCAAAGAAUCGUUGGAGUGAAUGGACAGUUAAUCUAUCCAUCAACUCUUCAUAAGGAUGUUGUUCAUCUAAUCAAAUCAUCUCCUCUUUCCACCACUCUUUUGUUGGCCUCUGAAGAUGUAGAUGAGUGGUAUAAGAAACACAAUGAAGAAUUUUCUUUUGCUCAUUCAGUUUCUGGGGUAGCCACCCAAGAAAUAAGUCCUCACAGUAUUCAAAUUGCUGAUGAUGAGCUUCCUUAUGAAAAGCUUGAAGCAAAACAAGCUCAAUAUGAUGAGCCUCCUGAGAUUGAACCAUCGGCUCCAGAAGAGUAUCCUGUUCCUCAUUUACGUACAGCUCCAGUAGAACUUGCUACUUCUGAUGUUGUUGGAACUGAAGUCAUUAAUGAUGAUAUACUUAACGCUAUUUUCUCUGGCAUAGACAGCUAUGACCAUGUUAUGACAUCACCUGAGUUAUCUCGUGAAGAGAGAGCUGAGACACAAACUUCAAUAGUCAGUCAUGAAGGACAUUCUCGCACUCAUUCCGUCCAAAGCUUCGACCACAUCUCAUUGGGACGUGAAAGUGCUGUCGACGUCCCCAAAUACGACCCUUACGCUUUCAAUAAUGCGGAGAAGCAAUCCGGCUAUUUCCCGUCAUCGCAUCAAUCCAAUACGUACAGAAAUCACAGUGCCACACCCUCUGUGGAUGAUAGUGACAUCUUCCAUUUGUCAGCUAAAGAAGCUCGUGAGCGUUUAAGACCAAAGAAAGACCGAAGAGGACUGAACAUGACAUUGGACGAAAAAUAUCGUUUAGUCAGCAAUAUGUAA